AUGAAGACAUUCAAUCCUCCAUCGCCCUUCUUCUCAACAUUAUUGGUGUGGAAAACAGCUUUUGUGCUCGUGAUGUUGUCAAGAAGUCAAGGUGUGGCGCUUGAAGUGGCGCACGUCGCGCACGAGUCAUUCGGGCAUGCUAGCUUCCUGGACUUUGCGAUUUACGAUCCUCUUGUUAAUUACAUCCUCCACAACACACCCAACAAUUGCCAGCAGACCAUGGACUACCAGAACCGCGCUGGCUCCAAAUUCGGUGGCGGCGGUGUCGCCUCCCAAUCUGCCACCAACGCUGACCGCCGCGAACGUCUACGAAAACUCGCUCUCGAAACCAUCGAUCUAGACAAAGAUCCGUACUUCUUCAAAAACCACGUCGGCAGCUUCGAAUGUCGAUUGUGUCUCACAGUACAUCAAAACGAUGGCUCAUACCUCGCUCACACACAAGGACGAAAACAUCAAACGAAUCUUGCUCGUCGAGCUGCCAAGGAUGAACAGAUGGGAAGGAAGAGGGAGCAGGAUGGGUAUACGGGUGCUAACGCUGUGCAAGUGAGGAAGAAUGUUGUCAAGAUCGGACGGCCGGGGUACAAGAUCACGAAGACGAGGGAUCCGGUCACAAGGCAGGAGGGCUUGUUGUUCCAGCUUCUAUACCCUGAGAUCACGCAGGGUGUGGUGCCGCGCGUGCGAUUCAUGAGUGCCUUUGAGCAGAAAGUCGAGGAUCCACCGGAUCGGCAAGUUCAGUACUUACUUGUCGCGGCAGAGCCGUACGAGACUUGCGGGUUCAAACUGCAGGCGAGGGAGGUGGAUCGGAGGGAGGACAAGCAUUGGACUUGGUUCGAUGGCGAUAGCAAGGAGUUCUGGGUUCUGGUCACGUUCAAGACGGAGAGGGAGGAGAGAUACUCUGGUGUGCCAGGCUUGGCACCAAAUAGAGGAUGA